UUCACAUUACCUGUAUUUCGUUCGAACUAUACCAUUUGCCCCACCAAAUUCUCUCCCUCUCUCUCUCUCUCGCAGAGAUGUCGAUGUCCCUCGGUCAACACCCUUCGAUUUCUGUUCGUACCCCACCCUCUCACCUUCUCCAAAAUUGGUCCCAAAUCAUCCCAACGAGAAGAAGCAGAAACAACACAUCAAAGCUGAACCAAUUCUCCCACUUGGGUCAUCACCACCAUCGUCAUCGACGACCACAACCAUGGCUUUGCAACGCAGCAGAAAACGAUAACAACCCGCCAGAUGUUCGAGAAAAUACCCCACCCAACAACCCACAUGAAGAAGGCCCACAAGAUCAAGAACCGUUUUGGUCCACCACGCAGAUCAUAACCCGACUCAGAAAAUACGGAAUUGCUGGAGUACUAUCAUAUGGGCUACUAAACACUGCUUACUAUCUUAUUGCUUUUCUAUUGGUAUGGUUUUACAUAGCUCCGGUGCCCGGGAAAAUGGGGUAUUGGGCAGCAGUGGAUAGGUUUGUGAAGAUAAUGGCGAUUGUGUGGGCUGGGAGUCAAGUUACUAAGAUUGUUAGAGCCGGUGGGGCUCUUGCUCUUGCGCCGUUUGUGGAUAGAGGGUUGUCUUGGUUUACGGUCAAGUUUGAGUUUGAGUCUCAAGGGAAGGCAUUCAUGGCCAUUGUUGGGUGUUGUUUUGGAUUGGCUGCGUUGCUGUUUUUUGUUCUGACUUUGCUUUGGGCAUGAACGUAUCGGCAAAGCUUUGGAAACAUGUGUCCGGACAUACAGACGUAUUCGCACUCGUUUGAUGAUUGUGGGUUCCAUGUGUAUUGUUGUGUGAGGCUCACUUCCACCAAAGACUUUGAUGAUUGUGGGUUCCAUGUGUAUUGUUGUGUGAGGCUCACUUCCACCAAAGACUACGCAUCUGUGUCCUGAUUUGGGUCCGUGACACUACUCAAUGGAUAUUUCAUUGAGAUCAGUUAUUUGAAUUGCUUUUCAAUUUCGCCAGUGAUUCAUUUUUUUAAUUCUCUUAAAUGCACACCUUCGGGCUUCUUGAAUUGAUGCACAGAAUGAUAUAGUCUUAAUGCAUAUGGAAAUAUGUUCAA